GCCGCGUCAAUGUUGUAGAGGCGACCGAGAAUAGUGUACGUGCAUACAUUUCUAUUCCAAUUUAUUUUGGUAAGCCGUAAGCAUCGUACAGAAUGCGCGGGUAGGAAGUAAUCCGCAAAACAGCAACGCAACAAUAUUAGUGCACCAGGAUGGUCGCGAGCAGGCGGAGUGAGUGGUUGAUCGGCUUCGGCGUCGCGGUCUUCUCCAUCGGAGUGGUUCUGGCGUCCAUAUGGCCGGCUUUCUUCUAUUCAAAAAUCAAAGAUAUGAUGAUAUUGCGCAAUGGAUCGAUGUCGUUCGAGAUCUGGCGCGAUAUCCCCAUACCGAUAUACCUCGAAUGUUUCCUCUUCAACAUCACCAAUAUGGACGACAUUCUGGCGAAGAAAGCCGACAAGCUGCAGGUGGAGCAGAUAGGCCCUUAUGUGUUUAGAGAGAUUCACAAAAAGGUAAACAUAUCAUGGAAUAACAACAGCACGGUGACUUACCGCAACCAGCGGUGGUGGUACUACCAGCCCGACAUGUCCAGCGGUAGCCUCGCUGACAUGGUCACCAGCAUCAACCCCAUCGUCGCAACCAUAGCGUACAGUAUCCGCAACGACAACAUAAUGGUGAAGACGCUGGUAGACAUGGUGAUGCGCUCGUACAGCCAGCACAUGUUCCUCACCGCCAACGUCUCCUCCUGGCUCUUCGACGGCAUACAAUUGCCGCUGCUGGACUUCGCCGCUCAGAUACCCGCCCUGCCGUAUACUAUACCCUUCCAGAAAUUCGGCUGGUUUUAUACGCGCAAUGGUUCAACGACUGUUGACGGAGUCUUCGCUACGAACACCGGUGAGGCAGAUUUCACGCGGCUCGGCCUGACGGAGAUGUGGCAGAACAAAAACAGGACAAUGUUCAACGGGAAGUGUGGCGAAGUGAAGGGAACUACUGGCGAGCUGUGGGCUCUCGAUUCUAACGUAGAAGAAAUCAAUAUAUUCGCUACAGAUCUUUGCACGUACAUGACAUUAAAGAAGACUGGAGAAAUAAAAAGAAAUGGACUUUCUGGACUAGAAUUUAUGGCUGACGAUAGUCUGUUUGAUAACGGCCACAAGUACCCCGAUAGGUCGUGUUACUGCGACGGCUUAUACGAGGAAGACUGUCUGGUGGGUGUACUGAACGUGUCCGCCUGUCACUUCGGAGCCCCGGCCUUCGUGUCGCUACCACACUUCUACGGCCUGGACGACUCUCCGUAUCCCGGCAAGAUCGAGGGGCUGCGGCCGACGGAGGAGCACAAUUUCAAGAUGGAGAUAGAGCCUAUAACAGGAAUGCCCUUGUUCGUCCGAGCUCAGCUGCAGGUCAACGCCCUCGUCAGACACGUUCCUGGUAUCAGCUUGGUGAACCAGCUGCCGGACCCGGACACGCUGGUGCCGAUGUUCUGGUUCCGGGAGGAGAUCGCCGUGACGCCGGAGUACGCGGAGUUCGCGCAGUCCGCGCUCGACGUGCGCUUCGGGAUGGUGUACGGGUUCUACGUGCUGAUUGUCACUGGGGUAGCCCUUAUAUGUUCCGGCGUAUGGUUCUACCGGCUGUCCAGAUUUUCUGUGACCCGGGAGAAAGAAAGCGACAAAAUGGCAGCGCAAACUUUCUUAGACAAAAAUGAACUAAUUCGAACAGAAAAGAAUUAGAGAAUAGAAAUAAGACGUUAGGUUAAACCCGGGUCGUUUUAAGAAGGCGCGAUCUCAAUACAACCUAAG